CACCCUCUUUUUCAUUUAUUUAUUUCGAAUAAAGAUAAAUAUUUUCUGUCUUAUGGACUCUAUCUCUCCCUCAAAAGUUGAAUCUCGAGCGCGAGCCAAGCUUUUCAUUUCGCUAUUUUGCCGCUCUGUACGUUACCCUCUGAAACGGAAUUGAAAAACCCUAACCCUUACCACGUCCCGCGCUUUUUCCUCUUGGAUCUCAGUCGACGAACAGGAGUUCUAAAUUAUCCCUGCGGAUUUUAGAUCCGUAUUGUUUGAAAUUCGAUUCGAAGACGCUUUGGAUCUCCCUGAUUUCUCUUUGUUUAUUCGGAUUUGGAAGUCUUGUUCGAUUUGAAUCAGUAAAACAAGGAUAAGACUGUUAUUGAAUUCUGGGGGAAAGAUUUAGUUCGAAAUUCAAGGUCAUUCAUUUUUGAGACAAAUUCAACCUGACCACCAGCAAAUUAGGCCUCAAAUUUUCGCUUUGGUUUUCUGAUUGAAUGCUGUCUCACAGUCUUGAUUUUCCGAGCCUUAGCAAAUUAGAGUUUCCAGUGGAGUUGUUGUACUUGGAUGGAAGAAGAGGCGGUUUGUUUGGGCCAAUUAACAGAUGGGGGAGUGGAAACUGACGACUUCCCAAGAACUGAAUUGAAGCGAGACCAUCAGUGUGUCGUAGAUGAUACCGAGCCAGACUCAUUUCCAAACAAGAAGCAAGCCAAAGAGCAUUCCAAUGAGGAUAUACGCUCGGAAGUUUCAAACCCGGUUGUCUCUCCAAAAGAGAACGCCUCCACUUUUCAGGACAUAACUAGCCAACCGGCUGAAGUGGAAAAUAGUAACCAAGUUGAGUGCGGUGAAGUCACUUCCCCGUGUUUGGGGAAUUCAAGCUCAGGGGAGACCUUGAGCGAUGGACAGCGUGCUGGGAAUGAUAAUUCCCGAAUUGAUAACGAUACGAAUGGUGAUGUAUUGACUUCUCGUGUUGUAGUUGAAAUUCCUAAGCUUGCCAGUUCAUCUGGGAUUCGCAAAAUUACGUUUAAGUUCAGCAAAAAAAAGGAGGAUUAUGUCAGUCAGUCAGGGGCUUCAAUUAGUCAGACUGUGAGUAAUGGACUUGGCAGUGGCUUUACACAUGGAGGUUCUUAUGAGGAUCCUGGAACAGACUUUCAAGCAAUGGCUAGUACAAGUAGGGAGUUUCCUGCAAGUUCAUAUUCGAGGAAGUACGCUGAAACCGGAAAUUGUCAUCCAUGUACUCCUAAUAGGGAAUUGGAAGCGUCUAACAAGGUUUCGAGCAGCUAUCCUACAAAUGUCAAAAAGCUAUUAUCUACUGGUAUUCUUGAUGGAGCUAGAGUGAAAUAUGUUUCCACCACAUCAGAGAUAGCGCUGCAUGGAAUUAUAAGUAAUGGUGGCUAUUUGUGCGCCUGCUCAUUAUGCAAUUUCAGCAAGGUACUCAGUGCAUAUGAGUUUGAGCAGCACGCUGGUGUUAAGACUCGCCAUCCUAAUAAUCAUAUAUACUUGGAGAAUGGGAGGCCAGUUUAUAGUAUCAUACAAGAAUUGAAGACUGCUCCACUAGACUCGCUGGAUGAAGUGAUAAGGGGUGUUGCUGGUUCUUCUGUCAAUGAAGAGUCCUUCCGUGUUUGGAAAGCAACCCUUCAUCGAAGUGAUGGAAUGGCUGAAGUAGAUAAAAGACCUUGUGUGAAGCUUCCUAAACUGCCUCAUUCGCUUCCUAAACUGCCUCAUUCGCUUCCUAGGCUGACUCAUUCUCUUCCCAGACCAAGCUCUCACACACCUUACUCAGUUAUAUACCAGAAGAAACCUGCUGAAGGUGGCAAUAAGAGAAGGGAUAAUGAUCUUCACCGGUUACUGUUUAUGCCAAAUGGGCUUCCAGAUGGAGCUAAAUUGGCAUACUAUGUCAAAGGCCAGAGAUUACUUGGUGGCUAUAAGCAAGGAAAUGGUAUAGUCUGUAAUUGCUGUGACAGAGAGAUAAGCCCUUCACAGUUUGAAGCUCAUGCUGGAAUGGCUGCAAGGCGUCAACCCUACCGUCACAUCUAUAUUUCCAAUGGAUUGACGCUUCACGAUAUAGCCAUGUCCUUGGCCAAUGGGCAAAACCUCACCAUUGGUGGCAGUGAUGGAAAUGAUGAUAUGUGUGCAGUUUGUGGACAUGAUAUGGGGGAUAUGAUUUUUUGUGAUGGUUGCCCUCGUGCUUAUCAUUCAGCUUGUUUGGAUUUACCGUGGGUUCCUGAAGGUGAUUGGCAUUGUCCAAAUUGUAGAGAUAAAUUUGAACCUGGUAGGAAAGCUGCUGGUGGGGAAUCUUCAAAUUUUGGAAAACCAAUUGUAAUACGGUUGACAAGGGUCUUUAAAGCCCCUGAAUUUGAAAUUGGUGGUUGUGUUGUUUGCAGGAGCCAUGAUUUCAGUGCGGCUUUAUUUGAUGACCGAACAGUUAUAAUCUGUGACCAAUGCGAGAAGGAGUUCCAUGUCGGUUGCUUACGGAACAGUGGAUUAUGUGACUUAAAAGAACUCCCCAAGGAUAAGUGGUUUUGUUGUGAUGACUGUACUAAGAUUCAUGCAGCAUUGCAGAAUUUAGUAUAUAACGGAGCGGAGCGGAUUCCAGCUCCAUUGUCAGACACAAUAAUCAGGAAGCAUGCAGAUAGAGGUAUAUUUAUUGAUGGAGUGACAGAUGAUGUUCAAUGGCGAGUUUUCAGUGGUAAAAGUCGCUACCCAGAACAUCUACCCUUUCUUUCAAGGGCUGCUGCAAUUUUUCGGGAGUGCUUUGACCCUAUUGUUGCACAAUCUGGUCGCGAUUUGAUCCCUGUUAUGGUUUAUGGGAGAAAUAUAUCGGGCCAAGAGUUUGGAGGCAUGUAUUGUGUAGUUUUAAUAGUGAGGUCUGUUGUUGUAUCUGCUGGUCUCCUUAGGGUUUUUGGUAGGGAGGUUGCUGAGCUUCCUAUUGUCGCUACAAGUAGAGAACAUCAAGGAAAAGGUUAUUUCCAAGCAUUAUUUUCGUGUAUAGAGAGGUUACUUAUUUCCCUGAAAGUGGAAAAGCUGGUUCUCCCUGCGGCUGAGGAAGCCGAGUCAAUCUGGACGAAGAAAUUAGGCUUUAGAAAGAUGAGAGACGAGCAAUUAUCAAAAUACUUGAAGGAAGUUCAGCUGACAAUUUUCAGGGGUACGUCAAUGCUGGAAAAGGUGGUGGAGUUGAUGGAUUGACCGCUCGUCGAUUUUCCGAUAGUUUCCACUCAGAGAAGUUAGGUGUAGAAACAUAUUGUUUUAUUAUCUAUAUGUUUUUUUUCUUUCACUGUUAGCGAUUUACCACUCCUGUAAAAUUGCUGCAAUAUUUUUUUUUUUUUUCGGGUUAGUUAUUCGCCUCCCCAAUAAGCUUCUGUUGAGAUUUGUUUGUUGAUGGAAACCUGGAAUUAGGGUAGGGAAAGAGAGAAGAAAGAAGAAUGUAUGUAAAAAGUUAAAAAGAAAGUGGUGCAUGCUGACCUUUUUUCAUGCAUGCGUGAAA